ACUUUGCUUAGUGCUAGACUUUGAAUAGUGUAGUCAUGUCACCGCAGCCACUUGAUUGUUUUCUUUUUAUAAGGAUGUUCUUCUGUCACCAGUCACCACAAUACACCUUCUUCUCCUUGAGUUACAUUUGAAUUAUGGUACUAUCCAUCAAGAUUCUUGCUCGCUGCUGGAUUCUUUUGGUGGUGUUUCUAACACAGUCUUCACCCCAACUUGCUGCAGCCGAGAACAAUGAAGCAAACGCACUUUUGAGGUGGAAAGACAACUUUGACAAGCCCGGCCAAAAUCUCUUGUCAACAUGGACAGGCUCUGAUCCAUGUAAAUGGCAAGGAAUUCAGUGUGAUAAUUCCAACUCCGUCUCCACCAUAAAUCUUCCAAAUUAUGGGUUGUCAGGUACACUCCACACUCUCAACUUCUCCUCAUUCCCCAACCUCCUCAGCCUAAAUAUCUACAACAACUCCUUUUAUGGUACCAUACCCCCACAAAUUGGUAACAUGUCCAAACUAAAUGUUUUGAAUUUUUCUUUAAAUCUUUUCCGUGGUUCCAUCCCUCAAGAAAUGUGGACACUAAGGAGUUUACGCGGCCUUGAUCUUUUCCAAUGUAGUCAACUAAGUGGAGAGAUUCCUAAUUCCAUAGCAAACUUGUCCUACCUGUCAUAUCUUGAUUUAAGUAUCUGCAAUUUUUCUGGCCAUAUUCCUCCAGAGAUUGGAAAGUUGAACAAGUUGGAGAUUCUACAUAUUUCACGGAGUAAGCUUUUCGGUUCCAUUCCUCCAGAAAUUGGAAUGUUGACAAAUCUUAAGGAUAUUGAUUUGUCAAGGAACUUUCUCUCUGGUACUCUCCCUGAAACAAUAGGUAACAUGAGUACUUUGAAUAUGCUUCGUCUUUCCAAUAACUCCUUUUUAUCUGGGCCAAUUCCAUCCUCCAUAUGGAACAUGACUAACUUGACAUUGCUCUACCUUGAUAACAACAACCUUUCUGGAUCAAUCCCUGCUUCCAUAAAAAAAUUGGCCAAUUUACAGCAACUUGCACUUGAUUACAACCACCUUUCGGGAUCAAUUCCUUCCACCAUUGGAAAUUUGACAAAGCUCAUCGAGUUGUAUUUACGCUUUAACAAUCUUUCUGGAUCAAUUCCUCCCUCCAUAGGAAAUUUGAUCCAUUUGGAUGUCCUUAGUCUCCAAGGAAACAAUCUCUCCGGAACAAUUCCUGCCACAAUUGGAAAUUUAAAAAGGCUCACCAUUUUAGAAUUGUCCGCAAACAAACUUAAUGGCAGCAUACCACAAGUCUUGAAUAACAUUCGCAACUGGUCUUACUUGUUACUAGCUGAGAAUGAUUUCACAGGCCAUUUACCACCUCAAAUUUGCUCUGCUGGGACACUCUAUAUCUUUAAUGCUUUUCGCAAUCGUUUCACGGGUCCAGUGCCAAGAAGCUUAAAGAACUGCCCUAGUAUUGCCAGAAUCAGGAUCCAAGGAAACCAAUUGGAAGGAGAUAUAGCACAAGAUUUUGGUGUAUAUCCAAAUUUGGAAUACAUUGAUUUGAGCGACAACAAGUUUUACGGCCAAAUUUCGCCAAACUGGGGUAAGUGCCCUAAGCUUGAGACCUUGAAGAUAUCUGGUAAUAAUAUUUCUGGUGGUAUACCAAUAGAACUUGUUGAGGCAACCAACCUAGGCGUGCUUCACCUUUCUUCUAACCACUUGAAUGGGAAGCUUCCAAAGGAAUUAGGCAAUAUGAAAUCCUUAAUUGAACUCCAGCUUAGCAACAACCAUCUUUCUGGAACCAUUCCAAAGAAAAUUGGAUCACUGCAAAAGCUUGAAGAUUUGGAUCUUGGAGAUAACCAGUUGAGUGGAACAAUUCCAAUAGAAGUCGUGGAAUUACCCAAGUUACGGAAUUUGAAUUUGAGCAAUAAUAAAAUAAAUGGAAGUGUUCCCUUUGAGUUUCGCCAAUUUCAGCCUCUUGAAUCUCUUGAUCUAAGUGGGAAUUUGUUGAGUGGAACAAUACCAAGACAGCUUGGAGAGGUGAUGCGACUGGAAUUGUUGAAUCUGUCUCGCAAUAAUCUUUCUGGAGGUAUUCCAUCAAGUUUUGAUGGCAUGUCAAGUUUGAUUUCUGUCAACAUAUCAUACAACCAGUUGGAAGGGCCACUUCCAAAUAAUGAAGCCUUUCUUAAGGCUCCAAUUGAAUCAUUGAAAAAUAACAAAGCCUUGUGUGGCAACGUCACUGGCUUGAUGCUUUGCCCAACCAUCAACAGCAAUCAAAAAAGGCACAAGGGCAUUCUACUGGCGUUAUUUAUUAUCUUGGGUGCUCUUGUUCUGGUAUUAUGUGGAGUGGGAGUUUCAAUGUAUAUUCUUUUUUGGAAAGCUAGCAAGAAAGAAACCCAUGCUAAAGAAAAACAUCAAUCAGAAAAAGCUCUGUCUGAAGAAGUGUUUUCCAUAUGGAGUCAUGAUGGCAAAAUUAUGUUUGAAAACAUCAUUGAAGCUACUGAUAGCUUCAAUGACAAGUAUCUUAUUGGAGUUGGAGGGCAAGGAAAUGUUUACAAGGCUGAGUUGUCUUCAGAUCAGGUUUAUGCGGUGAAGAAACUUCAUGUGGAAACCGAUGGAGAGAGGCAUAAUUUUAAAGCAUUUGAAAAUGAAAUUCAAGCCUUGACCGAAAUCAGGCACCGUAACAUUAUAAAGCUAUAUGGAUUUUGCUCACAUUCACGGUUCUCAUUUUUGGUCUACAAGUUCUUGGAAGGGGGUAGCUUGGAUCAAGUACUAAGCAAUGACACAAAAGCAGUUGCAUUUGACUGGGAAAAGAGGGUGAAUACUGUUAAAGGUGUGGCCAAUGCUUUAUCUUAUAUGCAUCAUGAUUGCUCACCUCCAAUAAUUCAUCGUGAUAUUUCUAGCAAGAAUGUUCUUUUGGAUUCACAAUAUGAAGCCCAUGUCUCUGAUUUUGGGACAGCUAAAAUUCUAAAGCCCGGUUCACACAAUUGGACCACGUUUGCUGGCACGUUUGGGUAUGCAGCUCCAGAGCUUGCCCAGACUAUGGAAGUGACUGAGAAAUGUGAUGUGUUUAGUUUUGGAGUGCUUUCUCUUGAAAUCGUCACGGGGAAGCAUCCAGGAGAUCUCAUUUCUUCAUUGUUUUCUUCGUCUUCGUCAGCAACAAUGACUUUUAAUUUGCUACUAAUUGAUGUGUUAGACCAAAGACUACCUCAACCUCUAAAAUCAGUUGUCGGGGAUGUCAUUUUGGUUGCAAGCUUGGCAUUUUCUUGCAUAAGUGAAAAUCCAAGUUCUCGCCCAACCAUGGAUCAGGUGUCUAAAAAGCUGAUGGGGAAAUCACCUUUAGCAGAACAGUUCCCUGCGAUUAGACUUGGACAACUCUUCUAGAGCACCGAACUACUUAAAUAUUUUAUUUUUCUUGUUUUUUUCUUUUCUUUGUACACCCUUUAUCCUUUAUCUUAUGUUGUAAGCAUGUUUGUAUUGUCAUUGUAAUAUAUCACCAUGUAUAAGUAACUACCGCAGCUAGACUUUCUUGUUCAAAUAAUAAGGGGAUUGGAACACUAAUCUAUGAAUUUACUCCUACUAUUUUUUGUCAUUAGGUAA